AUGGAACAAAUGGCCAAUGUUUUGGACUGGAGAAGAGAGGUCGUCAUCUCCUUUCUUUCGCCCAUCACCCCAACUUCGACCCUCCGCCAAUCGAUUCCAGCUUCCUACAUGACAGUAUAUGUCUCGGGUGGAUUCAAUGUUGAUAUCUACGUCGACAUCAAUGGUCAGUGGGCGAGUGGGGACAGAGGAAGCCGAAUUGUCUGGGACUUUGAUCAGCAGCAACUCGGAGGCGACAAAGCGUUGAAGACCUGGAAAAUCAGAAGAGAGACAGAGCAGUUGUUUUCAGAAAUUAGAGACCAAGCCGAAUGGGGUACCUUGCAUUUCUCCGCUCCGUCCGAUGUCCGUCACGAGUCUGGGACCUCAGGACUCAUCCGUCCGCGAUUCGCGCGGACUGGUACCCUUCAAAACGCUAUUGACGAAGACUUCCGCGGCAUCAUGGAAGAGGAGCCUGUCUUUGCGUUCGCCAAGUCUUUCAGCCUGAACUCUUCGUCAGCAUCGUCCACUCACAGUGUCGACAGCGUCAUGUUCACUAUUGCACACAUUCAGGACCCAGUCGUCCAGUUUGCCGCAGAGCGCGGUCUGACCUUUAUGAGACCGCUUUGGGCUUCUUGGUUCUCUUCAGUCGAGUCUCUGUUGGCUUUCCAUUACCUAGACUUUCACAAUGCUGCGACGCUUGCUAGCAACUACUCCACGCAGCUUGCUAAAGACGCCUACGUAUCUGGAGCAGAUGAUUACGUUGACAUCGUUGCCCUGACCGCGCGGCAGGUAAUGGGUGCAACAAGCUUCGCUGGGACUCCUGACAACCCAAUCCUGUUCCUCAAAGAGAUUUCCUCCAAUGGCAAUUCUCAGACAAUCGACGUCAUCUUCCCGGCUUUCCCAUUCUUUCUGUAUACCAACCCUCGCUGGUUGGCAUACUUGCUUGAACCAAUUAUCGAGCACACACUUAGCGGCCAAUAUCCUAAUAAAUAUGCUUUGCACGAUCUUGGAACCCACUUUCCAAACAUGACGGGACAUCCCGACGGAAGGGAUGAGUAUAUGCCGGUGGAGGAAUGUGGAAAUAUUCUGAUCAUGGGUUUAGCAAUCGUCAACAGCCUUUUUUACGAUACAGAUGUUGCUGCUGGCUCGCACUGGGCGAGCCUUGGAAGUCAAAGCUUUGAUGCUAACCCCACAACCAGCGCUUUCUCGUUGAAUGAUCUAGAGGAGCGAGAGGGCGUCUUCGGACUCGACGAUUCAUGGGGCGGUUCUACGAAAGGACUGAAGCAGGCGCAGAAAUGGGUCACCAGGAGUUAUAGGCUUUGGAAACAAUGGACCGGCUACCUUGUGGAGUUCUCUUUGGAACCAGAUCAUCAGCUCUCUACCGAUGACUUUGCGGGGCCUCUACAGCUACAGACCAAUCUAGCUCUCAAGGGUAUCAUUGGCAUCAAAGCUAUGGAGGGCAUUGCCAACGUAAUCGACAACAAGGAGGACGCAAAGAAUUUCAAGAACAUCUCAGAAACCUACGUCUCGAAGUGGGAAGAAUUCGGCAUCUCCCGCGACGGCAGCCACGCCAAACUCGCAUACGACUGGUACGGUUCCUGGACGACCCUCUACAAUCUCUACGCCGACGCCCUACUCUGCUUCCACCUCGAGGGAACAUCGCUCUCUUCAUCGGUAAGCACCGUUGAGCACCAUAAUCACCAAAAGCCCUUAGAACCUGGCUUCGACACACAAAAUUCAAACAGCACCGGCUUCGUCUCUCAACACGUCUACAAAAUCCAGUCAGACUGGUACCACGCCGUCCGUCAACGCUACGGCCUGCCCCUCGACAGUCGUCACCUCUACACGAAAACCGACUGGGAAUUCUUCGCCGCGGCCGUCACCUCAAAAUCUGUCCGUUCCGAGAUCCUAGAGAGUGUAGCCAAGUGGCUCAACGAGACCAGCACCGAUCGCCCGUUCACGGAUCUUCACGAGACGGAGGGCGAUGGUGGCUUUCCGGGUGCGCACUUCAUGGCGAGGCCAGUGACUGGGGGCCAUUUUGCGUUUUUGACGCUGGGGAAGGCGUGUGGGGGAAAUGCCAUGGACGGGUUGGCUUUUCUGGAGGAUGAGAGUCUGCUCAAGGGCGCGGACCCGUGGGACGAAGAUUUCGUUUUGGACUUGGGGGCUGGAGAAUUGUAA